GCUCUGGGAAAUGGUCUCUAGUGUCCCACCGUUCUAACUAUUCCACAUGAGAGACAGAGUCCUACACGCUUGUCUUUCAUACUGGACUAGAGGAGGCUCUGUUACUUCCCAGCGUUUUCGCCUCUGCUUCCUUCGCUUCUUCUCUACAGAGAAUUUGCUUCUUUGGGUAUUCCUAUUUUUAGGUUCGCCACUUCUCUCAUAUCCUAACCAGCAGAGAACGAGAGAAGGAGAAGCCGACUCCAGAUAAUCUUUAUUGGGCACUUGGUUUUACCUUUCCGGAUUCUGGACUUCAAAGAGCGAUAUUGCCCUUUUUAUUAUUUCACUGGGAGGAGCUACUGCUCUCUUUGAGGCUUUGAGCAUCCAUGGGUAACUGUUUGGGUUCCUCCAGAGUAGACAACGCUCAUACUACUCAGAAUGUUUCUGGCAACUCAAAGGCUACAACUAGAACUACCUUAUCUUCAGCGGUUGCUAGCUCAGCAGUUUCUAGCAUGACAGUCUCAUCUUAUGGUGAAAAUAUUAUUGCUGAAAGUCGUCCUACUCCAAAGUCUGAAGGUGAGAUAUUGUCAUCACCGAAUUUGAAAGCAUUUUCUUUUAGUGAGCUGAGAAAUGCCACUAGAAACUUCCGUCCUGAUAGUCUUCUUGGAGAGGGAGGAUUUGGCUGUGUUUUUAAAGGAUGGGUUGAUGAGCAAACCCUUGCUGCCACUAAGCCUGGAUCUGGAAUGGUUGUUGCGGUCAAGAAACUUAAGCCAGAUGGUUUCCAAGGACACAAGGAAUGGGUGACAGAAGUGAACUAUCUUGGCCGACUUCAUCAUCCCAAUUUGGUUAAACUUUUUGGCUAUUGUUUGGAGGGGGAGCAUCGGCUUUUAGUUUAUGAGUUCAUGCUAAAAGGCAGCUUGGAGAAUCAUCUAUUUGGACGAGGGCCCCAGCCGCUAUCUUGGGAAAUAAGGAUGAAAGUCGCCAUAGGUGCUGCUAGAGGUCUCACUUUCUUGCAUGAUGCUGAAUCACAAGUUAUAUACAGGGACUUCAAGGCUUCUAAUAUUCUUCUAGAUGCGGAUUUUAAUGCAACACUGUCUGACUUUGGCUUGGCCAAAGCAGGCCCUACUGGUGAUAAGACUCAUGUCUCCACUCAAGUCAUGGGCACUCAUGGCUAUGCAGCACCUGAAUAUGUUGCCACAGGUCGGCUCUCUGCAAAGAGUGAUGUAUAUAGCUUUGGGGUUGUAUUGUUGGAAUUGUUGACUGGGCGCCGUGCUGUUGAUGAAACAAAAAUUGGGAUAGAGCAAAACCUGGUGGGCUGGGCAAAGCCAUAUUUGGGUGACAAACGCAAGUUAUUCCGGAUUAUGGACACCAAGUUGGAGGGCCAGUAUCCCCAGAAAGGAGCCAUCAUGGCUGCCAACCUUGCCUUACAGUGCCUUAGCAGUGAAGCAAAAGUCCGGCCACGUAUGGCUAAGGUUUUAUCAACUCUGGAACAAAUCCAAGCCCCCAAAAAUGCUGCCAGAUACUGCCAACCGGAACAGAAAAAGGCCUCAAAUCCGGCCCACAGAUCCCCACUAAGAUACCAUCCUUCCCCUCUCAAUCUUGCACCUGGUGGUUCUUCAUUGCCAUCAUACAGGCAGUUCCCACGAGUACGAUAAGCAGAGAUUUGCUGUCCAACCUGGUUUUGUAUGUAAAUUACUUUUUUCCACAUUGUUUAUUUAGUGUGUUGACAGACUGAUGUUUGUUCAGUGUAACAUUGCAUCAUACAUAAUGUUUCUCUUUGCUCGAUCAAUGUCAUCAUUUUUUUUUUGGAUAGAUUGGGUCCCAAGGAGAGGUGAACUCAUGAUCUCUUAUUUGUGAGGUGCUGGUCAUUACCAACAGAGCCACCCCCUUGGGGUUAUGUGAUCAUUUUUAUUACUUGUAUUAAACAAUAUAAAUGAGAUGUUUUCUAUUGUAUUGUGAUUA